AUGUUUUGUACCCAUUGCGCUGCGGAAGUUCUUUCCGUAGCUGCGAACUUUUGUUAUUCUUGUGGUAAAGAGCUUAAUGAAAAAGCAGAUGAGCCAAAAUCUGAGAUGAGUGAUGAUUCGUCAGCAGUGUCAGCAAAUGAUUUAAUAACAGAAAUGUUCCAUCGCGGUUACCGUCACGAUGUUAUCGUUCAUUUACUCGUGAAAAACAGCUACAAAAUGCACCUGACAACACUUAAAAGAAGGCUGAUUGAUCUAAGACUGAAAAGAAAAGGAAAAACAGAAAUGGACGAAUCCCAGAUUGAAUUAGAAGAGAAAUCGAAGGUGCAGGAAGACUUGCAGAAAGUGAACGGACUUGUGGGUGCGACCAGGAAAAAUUCUGAUGGGACUUCUGGAACGGCGGUUUGUGUUGUAGAUCCAGCAAUGACUGAAUGUGGCGGCGGUGGGUUCUCUUCCUUUCUCCUGUACACGUUGGAUCAUAUAAUGGCGUGUCGCGCUCUGGGCAUCAACCAGCAAACUGUGUUCUGGAGAGGUUGUAAUUCCGCUUGCGCGCCGGACCCCGCUGUAAACUCGUGGAUGUGGUAUUUCAAGCCUGUUAACGAAGGAAUGGAAUCAAAAGUUGAAAAUGUUUUUUGUCCUUUAAUCCUUAAGGAUAUUACAGAAGUCAGGAUCAUAGAUAAUAGUUUUAGUGAUAGAAGCGACGUUGUGGGAUAUGGUGAAAGCCGGAUCAUAACAACAGCGGAAAGAAUCCGUGUAAGCAAAUUAAUUCGUCAGUAUGUUAAGCCCAAUUCUCGAGUAAAAGAGAGAGCAGACCUACUUUAUCGUCGAAAUAUGGCGGGGUUCACUCUUUUAGGAGUUCAAGUUAGAGCAACAGAUCACAGUAUGGAAGCGAAAGAUCACAAGCUGCCGUCCGUGAUAAGCUGGGUGGAGAGAGCACGAGAAAUUCUUGAAACUUUGCCUGAGCCAAGAAAGAUUUUCAUCGCCAGCGACAACAAUGAAGUUAUCCAAAAAUUUAUUGGUGUUUUUGGAAAAGAAACGGUUGUUUUCACAGAAGCUUUACGAGCAAAGGAAUAUCACAGUCAGACGCCUCCGCAUCUAUUUAAAUUCAAAUACAACGCAACUCACCCGUACGAACGAGAAAUUGGCACCCAAGUGCUGAUAGACAUUCUGCUCUUAGCCAGGUGUGACGUGUUCUUACAUGCCGAGUCCAGUGUAGCCGCUCUGGCAAGUUACUUCAACCCGCAUAUGAGAAGCUAUUUCAUGGAUGAAGAGCCUGCUGAGGAUCAAGGAACAAUUCGUCAAAGAAGAAAUCUGAAUGAAGAAGCAAGAAUGGAGAAACAAGAGCUUGAGGACGCUCUAGAAUCGAUAGUAGAGUGUCUUGUCAAUCAUUCCGUUGGAAGUGCCUGUCCGAAUAUUGCCCAGGGUUUACUUGUUGACUUAUUUAAGGUUUCUCUUUAG